CAUUUCGCUACGGAACCCUAAAAAUUACCGAGAUGACAGAUGUAACGAAAAGUCACGUAACUAUUUCAAUACAUUACUUAAGUAAGUUUCGAUUGGUGUUUCUUCCUAUCAACGAUUGUCAUCAUGGCUAGGCCCCCAGGUGUAUAAAUUUGCCAGCCAAAAAACGAACUUGGGGCUAAGUAAUAGAAUUGAAUUUUGAUUGUUAUUGCUGCUCCGACAUUAUUCAUGAUAUGUUACGUGGCUACGUGGAGUAUUCGUUGUGGUAUGUAGGUUUUCAUUAAAAAAGUACUUACGGUUUAUAAAUGAAAUUCAGAUUUUGAUUUGCCUCAGAUCCCAUGGUUUAAGUUAUUUUCAAAGAACAUAAAACAAUAUUGAGUAUACGGUUUUAUAUUAAUGAUCAUUUCCAAUACUUUACUAUAAUUAUGCUGUCUUAAAAAUAAACAUCAGACUUCCAUUUCAUUGACCACUGAAAUGUCUUCACGUUGAAUCUCAACUUGUAUUCAUUCAUUGUCUUGACAUCUCAAUUUCAAAUGUAAAGGAAUUUGUUAUGAAUGCCAUUUAUUGGCGAGUAGCAAAUCAAAAAAAAGGUCAAGUUGUUUGAGGUAUAUUUAUAACCGCUGAUAAAGUUCACUUACAACGUGGUCACACUGGCAUUUUUUUUAUUAGCUAGCAAUCCCAACGGUCAAAUGACAUUUCGGUUCGGACCAUUCGAUAUUCAAAAAGUUAACGGCAAUUUUACCGGGCUGUCUCGAUUGCCUACAAUGGCAUUUCAAACUCCCAAAAACAAACAUUGAAAUAUUCAAAACAAUGAUUUGAAGACAUCGUUACCAGUUUUCAGUUAGAAAAACAACAUGGAGCCAUCGAAAGAGGCUAUCGCUGUACGGAUUUCACGGUUGAACAGACAGAUUUUAGGCAAAGUGUCUGCGGGAUCAAGUAAAUUUAGUAAAAAGACAAUAGACCGAGAAGCAUUGCUUGAUGCUCUUACAGUGCUUUACGACGAGUGUAACGAUGAUCCCGUCAAGAAAUGUGAUGAUUUGGUUCGCGCCUUCGUGGAUAAAUACCGCAGCACAUUGGCUGAGCUGCGCAGGAUCCGUGUCUGCAUAUCAGACUUUGAAAUACUUCAUACCAUUGGCAGGGGCCAAUUUGGAGAUGUGCACAUGGUUAGAGAGAAGGAGACCCAUGACGUGUAUGCGCUGAAAUGCGUACGCAAAGAAGAAGCGCGAAAGCGUGUCGCCGGCGCCGCGGACGAGCGCGACGUGCUGGCCGGCGCCGCGGGACCGUGGGCGCCCAAGUUACAAUACGCCUUCCAGGAUAACACGACUCUGUACCUAGUAAUGGAGCUAUGCUCGGGCGGCGACCUAGCGGGGAUCCUCUCCCGCCGCCACAACCCGCUAUCGGAGCGCGACGCCGCCUUCUACGUGGCCGAGGUUGCGCACGCGCUGAAGGCACUCCAUCAGCUCGGCUUCGUUCAUAGAGACGUGAAGCCACACAACAUCUUGAUAGACCGAUGCGGGCACGUGAAGCUGGGCGACUUCGGGUCGUGCACGCGGCUGGCGGCGGGCUCGGCGGUGGGGGCGGUGGGCACGCCGGACUACGUGGCGCCCGAGCUGCUGGCCGCCGCCGACUGCGCGCGCCGCCACGCCGUGUGUGCCGAGUGCUGCCGCGGCAUUGAGCAUACUGCGCUUUCUGCAUGCGACUACUGGUCGCUGGGCGUCGUGGCCUUCGAGCUGGUGACUCUCCGGAGGCCCUUCUCCACCGGGGAUGACGACACCAUUGCGACCAUAUUGAGCAAUAUACAAAAGUACGAGCGGUCCCCGGAGCCCGAGCCCCCAUUCGAAGCGCCCCCCGCCGGGCCGUCGGCGGCGUGGCGCGCGCUGGCGGCGGGCCUGCUGCGGGUCGCGCCCUCGCGCCGCUUCAACUACCUCGACACGCUGCAGCACCCCUCGCUGGCGCAUCUCUCCGUGCAUUCCAUACGAGAUCAGGCGCCGCCGUGGGUGCCGCGGGUGCGCGGGCCGGAGGACGCCGCGUACUUCAGCCCGCCGCCGCGCGAGGCGCCGCCGGUGUCCGCUGCGCCCUUCCGCGCGCGCCCGCCCUUCGCGGGACAGCUGCCUUUCGUCGGGUACUCCUACGUAGCGCACGAUGAAAACGAAGAUAACUCUACGUCUUCGGGCUUCAGUGCGUCCCAUGAUUGCACUGCUAUAGAUCUAGCUACUUUUAAGUCAUCGGAGAAGCUACUAGCGUCGCGUGGUCGUGAAAUCGCGUCGCUACAAAGCAAACUAGCGGCGGCCGAGGCCGCAGCCGGCGCCGCCGCCGAGAAGGUCCGGCGCGCCGCCGACGCCGAGCACGAGCGCACGCGGGCGCGCCUGCAGGCCGAGAUCACCGCGCUCAGCCUGCAGAACAAACGUUUAGAACGCCAAAUCGAAAUCGAGAAAGAAGAACGCAUGGCCCUAGAGCGCACCAACCAAGAGCUCUCCUCCGCCGCCUCCGACAGAAACAGCGCCGAGCUGCGCGUGGCCCAGGCGCAGAAUGAAGAUCUGGCGAGCGAGCGGGACGGACUGAGGGAGGACAUGGCGCGGCUGGAGGCGAGAGUGACCGAGAUGCAGACAGAAUGCGCUAGGGCGGUGGCUGCUGCGGACGCCGCGAGAGCGCAGCAUAAGCAUUAUAAGGAUAUACUAGAACAAGCUCAAGAUUUAAGGCACAGAACGCUGACAGAGCUCAACGUGCGGGCGAUCGACACAAUAGCAAAAGAGCGUGCGCUCCGCCGCCAGACCCUCAGCGGUGGCGAGGCCGAAACCCGCGAGGCGGGUGCGCGCGCCGCCGCCGCAGAGGCCUCUGCCGCACGCGAGGCCCGCGCCCGGGAGCAGGCCGAGAAGCGCCUCGCCGAGGCUGAAGCCGACGCGAGAGAGUUAAGAAAAGAGCUUGAGGAUGUUCGACGAGAAUUUACUUCAGUACAGGAAUCCCUGGGAGAGAAGCAACGGGUAGCGACGGCGUCCACAGAGCAGCUAAAGGAAGCUCAGCUGCAGCUCACGCAGGAGCGCGUUCGAGCUUCCACGCUGGCCGCUCAAGUGCAGGAGCUGCAACGCAGCAUACAGGAAGCAGCCAGUCGCGAGGCAGCAUUGGAAGAGCAGUGCUCGCGCACGGAAGCGCGCUUCAACGAGCGACUCGACGCCGCCGAGGCGCGCGCCGCUGUCGCCUUGCAGGACGACGCGAGGCACCGCGAGAAGGUGAACACCCUCGAGCAACUCGUCCGGCAGCUAGAGCGCGAGGUGACAGCCCUGGAAAGCCGCGCGUGCGUCCACUGCGAGGCGCGCACCUCGCCGCACGGCUCGCCGCACGGCUCGCCGCACAAGGCGCACAGCGACACGGAGAGCCUGGCCGACGCGCAGCACACGGCGCAGGUGCACGUGCUCAAGGAACAGUUGGAACGCGCCGAGGGGCAACUGCAGACGCGUGCGGAAGAAAUAGCCGCUCUACGCCAAGAAGCCAGAUCUGCUAAUUUAGCCAGAUGGCGCAAGGAGCGCGAGUUCAACGAGCUGUCAUUAGAAGCCAAAUCAACCGCUCGCGACCUGAAACGCGCGGAAGAGCGGUUGACCGCCGUGCUGGAGGCCAAACGGACCGCCGAGAGAAAAGCCACUGAAGUCCAGGCUGAACUGGAUGCUCUCAAACCUCAGUACGAGCAGGCGACCAAGGAGGCUGAGAGGGCUAAGCAGCAGUUAGCUGCGUUGCAGAAACGGCAUGAGACGGCUCAAGCUGAAGUUGAUCGAUCUCGCAACGACAUCCGUAAGCUGAAGAGCGAGCUUCAAUACAGCGAGAAGCGCCGCCUCCACGCCGAAGAACAAGAGGAGAUGAGCAGCCGCGAGCGCGCGCAGCUGCGGGACGAGAACGUCGAACUACGCGCGCACAACACCGAGUUAGCGCAGAAUAAUAAAGCGUUACAGGAAGCGUGUAGCCUGUUGGAAGAACAACUAAUAGAUUUGGAAAAGUUAUCAGAUUUGAACGAAGGGAAGAGCAAAGAUCACGAGUCGGAAGUGCAGCGUGUGCGCGCGGAGCUGUCGGCGGCGCAGGAGAAGCUGGGCGGCGCGCUGAGCGCGUGCGCGGCGCGCGCGGCCGAGGCGGCGGCCGCCGCGCACGAGCUCGAGCGCACGCGCGACCUGCACAAGCAAGCCGCCGCGCAGGUGCAGCUGCUGCAGGAGCGAAUAGAGCGCGCCGACUCCCUUGUGGCCUCGCUGGAGGCGCGCUGCGCCGCGCUGGAGGGCGAGCGGGCAGGCGCGCAGGCCGCGCUGGGCAGCGCCGCGCGCCGCCUGCGCGACCUGCAGGAGGAGUGCGCGGCGCUGCGCACCCGCGCGCACGACCACCACGAGCUGGCGCUGCAGCUGCGCGCGCAGCUCGACGAGGCGCAGGAGCAGUUAGAGAGCGCACGCGAGGCGGCGGAGGCGGCGACGGCGUGGUGGCGCACGCGCGAGACCAAGGCCGACGCCACGCUGCGCCAGCAGGCCAAGCUCAUCGACUUCCUGCAGGCCAAGGUGGAAGAGGUCGGGCGGAAGAAGUGUUCCCUGAGCAACAAACUGUUCGGGCGCUCGGGCCGCCGCACCAACGCCUCGCCGCCGCUGCGCCGCGCCAACAGAGAGUUACGAGAGGAAGUGGACCGAUUGCGCGCUAAACUUGCCGCUUCUAAAUCUCUCGACGAAAGCAAUUGUCCUCCGACGCCGAGACGUGAGAAGAAAACUCCGAACGGGACCGUAAAAAGUAUCGAUACGCCUGAUGCACGGAUGAAUUCUUCGCAAGAGUCAUUCUUACAAAUAGUAUGGCGAGACGGCAGCCGCGAGCGCAUGGCGGCGCGCCUGUGCGACGGCGCGCUCGUGCUGCGCAGCGGCGACAAGGAGCUGCACGCGCGCCUGGCCGGAGACGACGCGGCUGGCUUGCCUUUCAACGAGGCCGGCAGGGCAUUCACGAUCACGAUCUCGAACCCGGACGCUCGCGGCGGCGCGGCGGCGGCGGUGUGCGGCGACCGCGCGGCGCGCGCGCAGUGGCUGGGCGCGCUGCGGGCGGCCGGCCCGGCCCCGCCCGGCCCGGCCCCGCCCGCCGCCGGCUACUUGUACAGGUCAAAUACGGACAUUUUCAUACAAGUGCGAGUCGCGCACGUACAUUUUACAGGAAAUAAAUGUAAUCGAUGGCAAUUUUCGUUAGGUUGCGACGACGGUUUACACUCCCUGCGCAGUCCCGUGCGCCUGACGCUCCCGGAGGCGUCGCCCCGGCGCGCGGCCGUGACGAGCGUGUGCGUGAGCGGCGCGCGCACGCUGCUGGCGCACGGCGGCACGCUGCUGCACGCCGCCACGGCCGCGCUGGCCUCCGCGCUGCGCCGCGCCGAGCAGCUGCAGCCCGCCGUGGCCGCGGAGCGCGUGCCGCUGCCCGACGCGGCGCACCCGCACCUCAUUGCCGCGAUGACGGGGCCGGGCGCGGACGGGUCGUGCGCGGUGGCGCUGGGCCGGCGCGUGGUGCUGCUGCGCUACGACGCGGCCGCCGCCGCCUACAGCGUGUCGCGCGCCUUCGGGCUGGAGCGCGCGCCCGCCGCGCUGCUGCUGACGCCGGCCGCGCUGUACGUGGCCGCCGAGCGCCCGCUGCGCGCCGCGCUGCCGGCCGGCGCGCUGGAGCCGCUGGCCGCCGCCCACGCCACCGUCGCCGCCGCCGCGCGCGCCCGCUCCGCCGUCCGCGCCGUGCUGCUCGUCGCCGCCGACCCCGUCGAGCUGCUGCUGUGCUACGCCGAGUGCGGCGUCUUCGUCGACGACGCCGGCCGCCGCACGCGCCCCGAAGACCCCAAGUGGAGCGCGGCCGUCCACGAGUUCGCCUUCGUCAAGCCCUUCCUCUACGCGAUCGGCGAGGAUAAAGUCACAAUCGUCCACAUCAGCGACGAGGCGUACCGCGCGCCCGCCUGCACCUGCGACGCCACGUCGGUGGCCUCGAGCGGCUCCGAAUUCUGCGCGCCGGAGACGUUCAACUUGAAGCUGCCGCAGCCGGCGCUCCUCGGCACGACGCCCGACGGCAUCGUCGUCCGCACGACCCGCGACGACGGCUACCAGGUGUCGGUCGUCAACGGACUCGCCGCUUUCCGAAGCGUCGGCGCCUCGCUGGAGUCUCUCGACACCGUCUCCGAAUCCGAAAAGGGCUCCACCCCGGACUUGGCGCGGUCGCUCUCCGACCUGGCCCGGUCGUCGCCGCAGGACACGUCGCUGGAGACCCUGAACGGGGCCACCGGCUUCCUUGCCGACAUCAAGAAACGGGCGCGGCAGUUGCGAGAAAAAAAUCGUAGACAAAACCAAAUGGACGCCGAUGAAGUCAUCAAGGAGAUCCUGACGACCGAGAUAGGAUUGAAACGAGGGUUAAGUGGUAGAAAGUCGCCGGCGCUCACCUCCGAAUUUGAUUCCGAUUCUGACUCGCGCAGCGAACCGGAGCCGGAGUCGGAGGGCUCGCAGCGGGCGGAGGACAUGUGCGCGGAGAUGUUCACGAGGCAAGUUCGGUUCCAGUAGGUUAGUGAGUAACUCGAGUUGACAAUUUUAGGAUGGAGACAGUGCUGCGAUCCGUUUUACUUACCCCCACCAUGCUCUUAACACGUAGCCAUACGACGCGUAGCGUAUUGACGCGCGUGGCAGUCUUACGUUUAACCUAUGUCAGCGCUGGGCGUCGAUCGAGCAGCCGCCAGCCUUACUGUUCCGUAUGGUAUGAAGCAAGAUUUAUGGAUGCUUAUAUUUAGUAAUUAUUUAAGAUGAACAGUUUCUUAAAACAACCCGCUCUAAAUACAAAAAUAUUCCAACUGUAAUAAACAGAGCUGCGACAGGUUAUCGCAAAUACAGAUACGGUCAUAGAAAAAGUCACAAACUUUUGUACAUUGGUGGAUUGCGACACUUGCGAUAAUGAAUAUAAUUUAGAAAUUUAUUAAAAAAACACUACCUUUUCUACAUCUUUAUACACAUCUUUUUCUACUUUCGAGGUACAAUUGGUUUGCGAUGAUCUGUCCGAGCUAUGGUAAUAAACCUUUGUACGUUUGCUUUGAUUUCAAUUAUUCUUAUAAAUUAUAAGACAUAAAAUCCAUCUUCUGCUUCAUCCUUUAAAAAGACAAAACAUACUGGUAAGAUAAUGUACUUAUCCUCUAGUAUUCCUAUGAAAAUAGACUAUUUUAUAUGUAUAUUAAGCAAGCAAUGUAUACUGUAAUUUAUAAUAAAUACUUUUAAGUAUUGUAUGUUAUAUAGGUAGAUUAAUUGAAGUUUUCAAACUUAGCAGUGUUUUUUGUUUGUAUUUAUUUUUUAUGGAAAAGUUUGUUCAGUGUGUUGUAAAAAUUAAGUACUUAUAUAUUAAUCGUUUCGAAGAUUUUUUUAUUUUGAUGUCAUUAUCAUUACGCAAACGUAAUGUCAUUCUUCAAAAAAUAUUGGGAAUAUUUAAACGAAAUUUUCAAAAAAAACUUUUUUCAUGUCAUUUACACAUAAAUAAUAUUUUUAAGUUAUUUUCGUUACAUUUUAUUUCAUGACUUAAUUUUUCAGUAAGAAGAAUGGUGCAAGUGUACUUAAAUUACAGUAAUAAUGAAUGAGAAAAAGAGGUAUUCUAUAAAGGAUUUCAACAGGAGAAGAGCUUGCAUGUAACGAUUUUUAAGAGUCCGGUUGGAAUUUAACAUUUUAGAAAAUUCAGGGGGCCUACCGCGAAAAUCGAAACUCGCAAAUAGCUGGGAUCUUUCUCUAAGACGUAACUAGAGUGACAGAGAAAAAUACUCGCAAUUGACGAACUUCGAUUUUCGCGGUUAUAGCUCCGAGGGUUAAAUAAAAGGCGCAGUUCGUACCGCUAUUAUGGUUCCUGAUAAUUACAUUAUCAAUUGAAAAUCUUAUCGCAUAGGUGUGUAUGAAGAUAUCUACAAGUCUUCUAAAUAACAGCACUAUGUAGGAGACUUGUAGUCAGUAUUUAGUCAGGUGACAAUCAAAACUCACUGGUUACUACCACAAAUUAAUUGCCAGUGAACCAUAUUAAUACCUAAAUAAGGUUGAUUUUUGUUUAAUUAUUUAUUAGUAAUUAGAGUCUGUGCGGAAAGAGAAAACAUGAAAUGUAUAGGUCCCAAUACAUUCCACGACUUUUCUCUUUCCGAACAGACUCUAGUGAGUUUUGGUUGUCACCUGACGAUUUGAGCUAUAAAGUUACUAUCGUAACAAAGUUUGCCGCUAAGUCUAGGUCAGUGCUUGCCGCGAUAAUAAUAAAUGUUAAUAAUUAUUUUACUGUGAUUUUAUAAUUGACUUUUAAUUCUGCUAGAUUUAGUUUUAAGCAACAUUUGUUACUUACCGUCUACGAUGACCUGUUAAAAAUAAUAUAUAAUUUUCAUAAGCAA